AUGGCAGAAACAGCAGAGCACGAGAUGGGGAUGGAGGAGUUGUGCUGCUCUAACGAGGCUUACACAGCUGUAGAGACCCUCUCAUUGUUGGCUGAUGUCCCUCUGGCGUCCUUGUGUGGCAAACACACAAACUACAGUUGCGUCUGUGACACUUGCUGCUGUCUGGACGAGGGAUCGGUUGAUUCCAACAUGCAGCCAGUAGAUCUGCAGCUCCAUUUCUUCCUCAACAAAGCAGACAACAUCCAGAGAAGUCUCUCUGAAAAGGUUUCAGGCAGAGAAGAGUAUGCUUCCACUGUCAAAAGUUUUCUAUUCAUCUGUCAACCUUACUUCUUGCACCUUGAAUCAACAGCUCGAAGCCCAUGGGAUGAGAACAACCUUUUGUCUGAAUCAAUGCGUUCUCAGAUGUUUGAUUUCUCUCAAAUUCUUUGUAACAAACUGGAGAAUUUAGUGUUGACAUGUGCCAGCAAAGAUCUUCUGCCUUUGGAUGAGACAGAGCCUGACAGCAUCACACAUUUCUACAUUGGCCAAUGUGGGUUAGGCUCAAUGACCGUUACCAUUUUCCGGUACUGUCAGCCCACUCCAUAUUUGGCUGAGGUUAACACAGGGCUGUACAAACGCAUGCGGUGGAACGUAGACCAUCCGGGCGCAAUGGAAGCAGACGACACCGAAUAUUACUUCUUAUGCUGUGAAGAUGUUGACGUGCUUCCAGACGGGGACAAUCCAACCUUCUCUCAAAGCGCGAGUGUGAGAAUGUGGUCUAUUGGUCAGUGGCUCCAAGUGAGCCCUGAAACAGAGGAUAUCAAUGACUGGACCCUUUGCAGGGUUCCCCAGGGCACUUAUCUGAAACGUGUCAUUUUGGGCAGAGAGGAGCCGUCCUGUUGCAUUGCGACGGACUGUUUACUGCAGCUGUUGAUGUUGGACCAGAAGUGA